AUGACCCUCCUAGAUUCACCUAGUCUCACUUAUAACGCCACCUACACUCGUCUCGACUCCCCUAGAAUCCCUUAUAAGUAUCUAGAAACACCUAGCGCCACCUACACUUGUCUCGACUCCCCUAGAAUCCCUUAUAAGUAUCUAGAUACACUUAGCACCACCUGGACUCACCUAGACUCCACUAGAAUCACUUAUAAGUAUCUAGAAACACCUAGCGCCGCCUACACUUGUCUCGACUCUCCUAGAAUCCCUUAUAAAAUCCCUUAUAAGUAUCUAGAUACACUUAGCACCACCUGGACUCACCUAGACUCCACUAGAAUCACUUAUAAGUAUCUAGAAACACCUAGCGCCACCUACACUUGUCUCGACUCUCCUAGAAUCCCUUAUAAGUAUCUAGAUACACUUAGCACCACCUGGACUCACCUAGACUCCACUAGAAUCACUUAUAGUAUCUUAGAAACACCUAGCGCCACCUACACUUGUCUCGACUCCCUAGAAUCCUUAUCAACUCACCUAGACUCAUCCAAGUCCUCAGUUCAUAAGAAUCUCACUUGCAACCCCUACGAGAUCUAA